ACUGUAAUAACGGAUUAAAGUUUCUAAAUGUUUCCAGAUUCAGUCUUUAAAGGACAGAAAAGAACUAACUUCAAUUUAUGCCAAUUAGGCUCUAUAAACCAAAUAACAAUGGUCAGUGACCUUCCAACUCGGACAGUCUCUCAUGCACUCAGCUUGUUUGUUUUUCAACUUUGACAACUGAUCAAGUCGAUAUUUGUGACAUAUUUAACCUCGGAGAACGCUCUCCCAUUGUUAUCACUUUAAGUCAACCUCAAACGCAUUCUUCGUUAUCACAGGAAUUGUGUCACAGUAAAAACAAACAGUGUAACCUAAAACCAAAUAUGGAGAUGUAAGCAACAAGAAACCAGUCACCUCAAGAUCUUUAUUGAUCAUGACUGCUGUGUUUUGCUGGGGUGGAGCCUCCCAAGGUCAGCUUGGACUAGGGGGCUCUGAAGAACAAAAAGUAGUACAACCUCAGCAACUGGAGGUUUUUCAAGGCAGAGAAAUCCAACAGAUCAGCUGUGGUCUGGAGCACACACUGAUUGCAUUGAAAGAUGGUAGCUUAUACAGCUUUGGAAGUAAUACUUAUGGGCAGUUAGGGAAGGAGAAAAGCAGUGGUAAACCAGAACUAGUUGGUGCAUUUGAGACGGGAAUGGUGCGUUUGAUAGCAUGUGGAGCAUAUCACAACAUAGCAGUCACUGACAGCAAGCAAGUGUACAGCUGGGGACAGAAUUCUCAUGGACAGUUGGGCAGAGGAGAAGCAGAUAAAAACUUUAACAGAGUGCCAAGGUUGUUGAAAGGAUUCAGUGCCAGUAGCUGCGUUAUACAGGUUGCCUGUGGAGAUAAGCAUACUGUUAUAUUGACAAGAGAUGGCAGUAUAUUUGUGUGCGGUGACCAUAGUCAUGGUCAGCUUGGUAUGGGCAAUCUUCCUCAGGGCAGACUGGACUGUCCAGUGAGGCUAAAAUGCAUGCUAGGUUUACCUAUUGGUCAAAUAGCCGCUGGUGGUCACCAUAGUUUUGCAUUGACCUUGUCAGGGACCCUGUUUGGCUGGGGAAAAAAUAAUUAUGGUCAGCUAGGCCUUGGUGAUGAAAAAGAUCGACUUUUUCCAACACUGGCAAAAUCAGUCAGAAAUCAGAAAAUCAAGUAUGUAUGUUGUGGAGAGGAUCAUUCAGUGUUGCUGACACAGGAGGGUGGAGUGUUUACUUUUGGUGCUGGGUCCCAUGGCCAACUGGGACACAACAGUUUAAACAAUGAACUGCUGCCUAGGAAAGUGUUUGAACUGAUGGGGAGCGAGGUCACUCAGAUAGCAAGUGGGAG